UUUCAGUGCGUCAGGUAGAGCCGUAAACUAGUUUGACAUUUCGCUAAGAUUAGUGAAGUGAACAACACACGUCUACGCUUAUGUUUUUACACGAGUCCGGUCGGAGGAAUGAACGAGAUUUUAGGUGUGGGUCUUAAAAUGGGAUUGUUUUUGCACGUUGUAGCUGUCAGCCCCUCCGACGCGACAUUAGACGAGAGCCUUCUGCACUGUGAGGGGCUGAACAACCAGAGCUACGUCUGCGAAUCAGGACACUGCUGUGGGGAGUCACAGUGCUGCAGUUACUACUAUGAACUCUGGUGGUUCUGGCUGGUGUGGGUCAUCAUCUUCAUCCUGAGCUGCUGCUGCGUGUGUCACCACCGGCGCACCAAGCACCGGCUGCAGCAGCAGCAGCGCCAGCACGAGAUCAACCUCAUCGCCUACCGUGAGGCGCACAACUACACCUCCCUUCCAUUCUACUUCAGGUUUCUUCCAAAUUCCCUCCUACCUGACUACGAGGAGGUGGUAAACCGCCCUCCAACCCCUCCCCCUCCCUACAGUGUCUUCCAUACAGUCAGCCCCCUGCCCACGGACCCACAGGACGGCCUGGGACUGGGUCACUGCCUGACCAUCCAGACCACUCCGGUCCCCCCAGUGUCCGACACCCUUUGUUCCAGGCGGAGCCUGGAAGAGCCCCACUGCAUUGGGGCUCCCACCAUUGGCUACAACAGACCCAAGGCAGACAACAAGCCUCAGGAGCCCCAGGAUGGUGGACCAGGGCUAGGGCCCCAGGAGGCCUCUACAGAGGAGCCUAGAGGCCCAGAGAAGAGUUGCAAGGAGCCCCUGUUACUCGGGGACCUAGGGGGGCCCGAGAGUGGUGCCCAGGAGGACAAAGAUAAUAAGGGGGCCCUUGGGCGGCGGCGCCGUUUCACAGGUGACUCUGGUAUCGAGGUGUGCGUAUGUGACCGUGGUGGUAGUACCAGUAUUGGAAGCCAGGAGGGCAAGGAGCUGAGGGAGAAGGAUAGCCUAAUGGGGGAGGAGGUUGAGGAGCAGGAAGGAGGAGACUUCUGUGACGGGUGCGGUCACCCCGCUCUGGGAGUAGAAGAGGAGCAGGCCCUAGCCCUGGAUGGACCCGAAAGUAGGUCUGAGUGUGGGUCGGCGACAGGAUCCACCUCCCUGCCACCACCCGCCAUGACACAACCCACCCAGCCCCCGGUGUGCCUGCUCCUCCACACCAUCAACGAGCUUGAGGGGCCCCCUCACCAUGGCAACAGCACAGAACCCCAGGGCUGAGCUACGCUAAGCUAAAGCACAUCUUCACCGAGGAGGGAGAGAGAACCAGGAGUGGGAGUCAAGACUUUUGUGUGUGUGUGUGUGUGUGACUGUCUGAGAUUGUGUGUGACUGUCUGAGAUUGUGUGUGUGUGUGUGACGAGUAGGAAGUUUUAUUUUAUCCCAGAGUCUGGACUUAAAAGCCUGAUGUUGAUAGCUAAAGCCCCUUUGGCAUACUGUAAUGGUGGCCUUAACUGCAAUGUACAAGGAGACAGGAGGAGAGGUUUAGCCUAUCACCAACCUACCUACAGACUGCAUAAAUCUCCUCCUUUGUCUGCCUUUGCCAAGAGGAGGCGAAAGGAGAUUGUGUAAAGACUUAUGCAAGCUGGAGGAGAUUGAUAGUCUGGUCAGUGGAUGCUGACCUGACGUUUGGUGCGACUGCAGUAUAGUGUAAGUACACACUGGUGCAACUCUAGCCUGGUCCCAGAUCAGUUUGUGCUGUCUUGCCAACUCCUAUGCUCAGUGUACCAAGCUACUGGAAAUCAUCGCAGCUACUUCCUGUAUCUGUUCACAGGAAGGAACAUCCUGGACAAAUACACUGAAGCGGUACAGGAACAUUGUCAAGCAGUGCAGUGUGGAUCGUCAUGGCGACAAUGUGUGCUUAUGUAAUGUGAUAGUCUCAGUCAGUAUGAAAUAGAACGUGGAGGCCCUGCCUGCCUGUGGGGAAAACAACCCAUGGUUACUUUAGUUACCCCGUUGGCUCACAGCAAAAACUUCACCUUUUUCCAAAAGCUAUUUUCUUGUCUGCUUGUUUUAGUCAAUUACAAAACUACAUUUAAGAAAAGUACAACAUGUGUAAAGAUUACUAUUCAACUUUUCCUGCUCCUGAGUGUUCUCACUACUUAGGAAAAUGUAAUGUUGUCGAGUGCUUCCCUCGUUUUCAUGACGGCAUUAAUGUUAACCACGUGAGUGACUGCGUGCUAGCUAGCUACCAACCAGAACAGGACUCUCCAACCCUGUUCCUGGAGAGCUACCCUCCUGUAGGUUUUCACUCACAAACCCAGUUGUAACUAAUCUGAUUCGGUUUAUAAACAGCUCAUUUUUUAGAAUCAGGUGUGCUAGAUUAGGGUUGGAGUGAACCUACAGGACGGUAAUCUCUCCAGGAGCAGGGUUGGAGAGCCCUGAACCAGAACAUUAAGCUAGCCAACACAAACUGACUAGCUAUAAAGCUACAAGAAGUGAGUGGAGUUCCAAACUGACUGUACUAAUCUAGUUAAAUGUCUUACCUGUGAUAACAUAUUUUCCACACACGUAGCUAAAGUGUAGCCUCCUUUGACACCGGGUCCCCACAAUUUCUCACUCUUCCACACCGAAUAGCCUGAAGCCACAGGGCCGCUGGCUCUACUUCCCUAAGUGGGAGCAUCGCGAACCGUAGGUCGAAAUUUUUGACCUACGUUACAUUUGUAUAACAAAAAAUGUACUACGAAGUUGGCUCUUAUACAGUCGGGGUCAAUGGUGGAAAGAACGUUUGUUUUCCCCAGUUGGUGGAUGUUGUCGAGGGCAAUUAAUUCUUAUGACAUGAAUACUGACUCGGAGUAAUACUGUACAGGAAGAGCCUGACACUAAACACUGUGUGUGAAUGUUACUGUUCCACAUAAGACCUUUAGCCUUAUGUUUUUUACUCUCCUCCAACCCUGUUGUCACAGGGACCCAAGUGCAUUAACACAUUUUGUGUGACACAAUAAUUUUAUUUUGCACAUGAAUAUAUGUGACUCUAAUAAUGGAGACAAAGAAAUUAAUCAAACAUAAAAAAAGUUGUAUCUGUGAAUCCUGUCUUUUUUUUUUUUUUUAAAAUUGAAUCAGUUACUAUUUGUUUUGUAAAGGAUGGUUUUCUAAUGUGUCGUUGAGAUUAAUUCUACAUGGGUAAAAAACAAAACAAAGCUUACCACAUACAGUAUGGGCCUCUAUCGGAGUCUAGGACGUGAUUGGUUCUGCUCUGAGAUAUUGAUGACAUGAUUGUAGUGUGCAUCUCUGAGAAACUGUCAUGUUUGCGAUCGCCCGCAAUGAUUGUGCCUUAGUGAAACAUACAGGUCCGUAGGAGAAACGGGUAAAAAAAACGUUUAUUGACGAGAACCAAGCUUUCAUAAGUGCUUUAUAUAGGCAUAUUAUACUUUUUGUAGAAACAAAUAGAAUAUUCUAUAAUUGUGGUACAACAAAGGUCAACUAUUCUGCAUUUUGGACGGAUGUCUUUGUCAACUUGUGUAAUGAAAUUGUAAAGCUUUUGAUCGACAUUGGAAAAUUGUGUAUUAUAAUAUCAUACAACGCAUUUAUGAACCAAACGAGCUACAUUUAAAUCUAUCGUAGCAAAAUGUCAGUCUACAAUCAUUAGUUUUUUACUUAGUGAAUGAUUCAUUUCUAUUUUUUUGUUGAGUAUAGAAUUGUUGUACUCUUGAAACAUUCAAUCUCCUUCAAUCAAUCAAAAGAGUGAAGAUGAAGAUACAGGGAACUCAAUGCACAGAUUAAAUGACCUAUUGAAUGAUGUGACAAUAUUCUAUUGUGAAUAAUGGACAUCAUGCCAAAGAUAUUAUGCUGUUUCCACACGGGAUGUAAGGUGGCUGUGCACAUUUUUUGUUUUCAAAAGGCAUUUUAUUACAGCAGCUAAAUUGACACAUGUUCAAUAAAUGUCAACCAGAAAUAC